CCUCGGCUCCCGCCAUGGCUCAGACGCUGCAGAUGGAGAUCCCCAAUUUCGGGAACAGCAUCCUGGAGUGCCUGAACGAGCAGCGGCUGCAGGGGCUGUACUGCGACGUCUCGGUGGUGGUGAAGGGCCACGCGUUCAAGGCUCACCGGGCCGUGCUGGCCGCCAGCAGCUCCUACUUCCGAGACCUCUUCAACAGCAGCAAGAGCGCGGUGGUGGAGCUGCCGGCUGCCGUCCAGCCCCAAUCCUUCCAGCAGAUCCUCAGCUUCUGCUACACGGGGCGCCUCAGCAUGAACAUGGGCGACCAGUUCCUCCUGAUGUACACGGCCGGUUUCUUGCAGAUCCAGGAGAUCAUGGAGAAGGGGACUGAGUUCUUCCUCAAGGUCAGCUCGCCCAGCUGCGACUCGCAAGGGCUGCACGGCGAGGAGGCGCCUUCCUCCGAGCCCCAGAGCCCCGUGGCCCAAACUUCGGGGUGGCCCUCGGGGGCGGCCGCCUUGCCCUUGGUCUCGCGGGUGAAGACGGAGCAGGGGGAGCCCGACGGGGUGCAGUGCACCUUCGUGGUCAAGCGCCUCUGGGAUGGUGGCUCCAAGGACGGCGCCGCCGGCGGCAACGGCAGCCGCAAGAUGGCCAAAUUCUCCGCCACCGAGCCGGGACGCCAGGCACAGCCCCCCGCUUUGGCGGCGUCGGCGGCCCCCGGCCCCAGCGCGGCCGAUCAGACCAGCCCCGGAGGCACCUCCAGCGCCUACACGAGCGACAGCCCCGGCUCCUUCCACAACGAGGAGGACGAGGAGGAGGACGGGGGCGAGGAAGGCUCGGACGAGCAGUACCGCCAGAUCUGCAACAUGUACACCAUGUACAGCAUGAUGAACGUGGGGCAGGCAGCCGUGGAGAAGGUGGAGGCUCUGCCGGACCAGGCCAGCUCGGAGUCGCGGACCCGGGUGCGUGUGCGGCAGGACCUGGCCUCGCUGCCGGCCGAGCUCAUCAGCCAGAUCGGGAACCGCUGCCACCCCAAGCUCUACGACGAGGGGGACCCCGCCGAGAAGCUGGAGCUUGUCACGGGCACCAACGUCUACAUCACGCGGGCGCAGCUGAUGAACUGCCACGUCAGCGCGGGGACGCGGCACAAAGUCCUCCUGCGGCGGCUCCUGGCCUCCUUCUUCGACCGCAACACCCUGGCCAACAGCUGCGGCACCGGCAUCCGCUCCUCCAGCAACAACCCCAGCAGGAAGCCCCUGGACAGCCGGGUCCUGCACGCUGUCAAGUUUUACUGCCAGAACUUCGCCCCCAACUUCAAGGAGAGCGAGAUGAACGCCAUCGCGGCCGACAUGUGCACCAACGCGCGGCGCGUGGUGCGCAAGAGCUGGAUGCCCAAGGUGAAGCUGGUGAUGGCCGAGGGCGACUCCUACACCUCCUUCAUCAACGACAUGGGCAAGCUGGAGCCCGACAUCAUGGGCCCCGAGCCCCCCUUCGAGCCCCCCGGCCACGAGGGUGAGGCGGGGACCCCCGGGGAGGGCCUGCAGUGACCCCCCCCUUGAGCUCCCCCCCUCCUUUCUUCCCUGGGCCAACCCCCCCAAUCCUGGGUAGGGACCCCCUCCUGCAAGGGCCCUGUGGAUGGGUAG